AUGGUGCUCUCAUUAUUCGUUACUAUUCAUCAACAAUCUCAGCUUUCCAACUUCAACACAAGACAACACUUACUCUACACUUACAGAAUCACCAUCUCGAAAAUGCAUUUCGCUGUUGCUUUCACUACUCUUACGGCCCUAGCCAUGGGUGUCGCUGCCGAUCCCAACUCAAAGCCUCCGCCCAACGCCAAUGUCAUUUCUGCUCGAAUCUGGGGCGAUAGUGACUGCGGAGCCAAGAACAACGACCACAACCUCGGAGAAGUGACUCUCCAUGGUGAUGACGACGGCAAGUGUAGCAAGUUCUCUGACGAGGUCAAGUCUGUCAAGCAGUACGAACACGAUUAUAACUGCAAAUUGGUUCUCUACUCAGACAAGAACUGCAAGCGUGGCAAGAAGGAUAUCAAGGAUGGACAAUGCCGUGCGACAUCGAGCCACUUUGGCAGCUACAAGGUGGAAUGCAAGUGAGGUUGCGAAGGACAUUUAUUCACGAUGAAAUGAGACAAGCACUGCAUAGGUUGGAACACAAUGUGGUUUGCAAUUGAUAGCACCUAAUAAAGCACCAUCGAAUUAAAUAAUUAUCACUAAACUUCUCU